GAUCUUCAAAGUGAACCCAUAUCAUCCGAAUUAGCUACCUCUAAAAAAAGAAAAUCUGUGUAUUCUCAGUUACCUGUAGAUACCUAUUACGAUAUUAAAGAAGCUAUUGAUAAAGCUAAAGAAACAAGAGCUAACCGAUCACUAAUUAAAUGGAUUGUGAGCUCUGCAACAUCAAUUUUAGAUAUGGAAGCAGCAAAUAUUAUAAUAAAAAUGGAACGAGAGUUGUCUAAGGCUAAGAAUCUAACUUUAUGCAUAGAUG